UGUAACGAGGCUUCAAGGGCCGUCAUGUGAGGCAGGAAGAGCGCGCGCGGGUGGGGCCGGGUUCCAUGGAUCCCGGCCAGGAGCAAAGUGAGACUGCAGACUGGGCAGGACUCAACGGGCUUGAACAGCCAUGCCCAAGUAUUGCCGUGCUCCGAACUGCUCUAACACUGCGGGCCGACUGGGCGCUGACAACCGCCCUGUGAGCUUCUACAAGUUCCCACUGAAGGAUAGCCCCCGGCUGCAGGCCUGGCUGCGGCACAUGGGCCAUGAGGACUGGGUGCCCAGCUGCCACCAGCACCUGUGCAGCGAGCACUUCACGCCUUCCUGCUUCCAGUGGCGCUGGGGUAUGCGCUACCUGCGGCCUGAUGCCGUGCCCUCCAUUUUCCCCCCAGCGCCACCUACUAAGAAGCAGCAGAGUUCCCAAAGCACAAAGAAGUCAGCUGUGUCUCCCUCCCCACCAGAUGCCGCGCCCCUGUCCUCGGGCCCAGCUGUCUCAGCCCCUGGGCCUGUGCACCUUGUGGUACUAGGGCUGCCACCCGGAAGCCCCGAGACCGCAGCCCCCAUGGUCCUAAGCCCCCUGCCCCUUCCUCCUGCUCCUGCCGGGUCACGGCCUGGAGUGCGGGCCCGGCACCCCCUGGCCAGGCUGGGCGCUGUCCUGGGAGCGCUGCAGCGGCGCGUGCGGAGGCUGCAGCGGCACCACGAGCAGCACCAGGCGCAGCUGCGGGCCCUGGAGCAGCUGGCGCGGCAGCUGUGCCAGGAGAGCCGGCCGGCUGGGCGCGCCAGGGCCUGCUCUGCCCGCUCCCGGGGCCUGAGGAAUCCCAUUAUCUGUGGAGGGCCUGACACAGCUGUGGUCCUUGCCCGUUCUGCACCUCUCACACUGGAUGCCAAGCCCGGGCUCUUGGACACUCAGACCCCCAGUGCGUAAGGACCAAGACAGAUAAUGUUGCAGGACGGAUGGCAGAAGACAGAGGAAGAGAGACUCAUCACACAUGAGCCUGUCUAGCCUGACCAUCCAUGCCUGGGCCAUUGCACCUCCCUCAAGGGUCUGGCUCCAAGUGCCCACUCCUAAGGGACCCCUUGAGCCUUGGGGCUGACCUAGGCCCAAGCCCCAUCAGGUCUGUUCCCCUUGGUGUCAGGUCCCUGCCAUCCCUAGUUUGAACCUUUGCAGUCAGCAAAAUAGUCUCAAAGCAGAACAAGAGUUAUUUGGGGAGAAUUGUACCUGGUUCUAAAGAGCCCUCAUACCCUUUGUGAAGCCUGGUGCUGAGCUGGAUGUACCGCAGUGAACACAGCUGACAAAGUCCUGCCCUCAUGGUGCUUCUAUUCUCCUUGAGUAGACUAUAAACUAGUCAAACAAUGCACAAGAUAAUUUCAGAUGGUGAUGAACGCUGUAAAGACUAAACGAACAUGU